AUGCUGCGACUACCUGCUGCCUGCAGGGUUAUAACGAAUGUAGCCCAGGCUUCAAAAAAUAAUGGUAAGUGUAUACUACUAUUAUCCAAGUUUAUUUGCCAAAACAACUUUAGCUUAAUGAAGCAGUUUUAGUAUAUAGAUGAUGCACCUGCAGGGUCACUGCUCAAUUGUUUGCCAUUCAGGAGUUAAAUCACUUUUGUUUUUAUUUCUGAAGCCCUAGCCACACCUCCCCUAGCUGUAAAUCUCACAGCCUCCAUAAAAAAAUGUUUCAUUAUCAAUGACUCAUACAGCUUGCAUGGAAAAAAAAUUGUUUAAUUUUUUUUUUUUUUAACAGUGUAGUGUGUUUACUUUAGAAGUGUUUUUGUUCUUGCUCUGCUAAUUGCACUUUAAUCACACACAGGAUGAUCUUACAGGCUCUAGCAGGUUAUUAACAGGACAGGGGAUAAGAAAUUUUAAAUUAAACCACAUGUGCAAUAAAGGAAGUUUAAACAUUAGAUCUCUCUUUACAGGAACAGGUUAGGUCACAUGCAGGGAGCUGGCUAAACAAAGUCAAUUAUGAAGAAGAGAGCGCAAAAGGUUAUAUAGUAUCAAUAAAAUCUAAAUAAACCAAUAUCCUUAAAUAAACAAUUACAUCGCUAAUUUGCAGAAUUAUAUGGUAUUUGACAUGUAAUUUAACCAGCAGCCACAAAAUAGAACUUCCCAAAUUUUCAUAGAUAAAAUGCAGUAUAUGUAGUGUCAGCGCUUAGUGAAUAUGUCUCUGUCUCUCCUCCUCCUCCUCCUCCUCCUCGGCUGAAUGCGCAAGCGGGGCAGGAGCCGCGCUCGCAUUCAGCCAGUCCAUAGGAAAGAAUUCACAAUGCUUUCCUAUGGAUGCUGGUGUCUUCUCACUGUGAAAAUGAGACAGCCAAUAGAGGCUGGAUUAACCCUAUUAUAAACAUAGCAGUUUCUCUGAAGUGGUCUGGGUGCCUAUAGUGGUCCUUUAACAAACUGCGUAAGAAUUAUAAAUCUUUUGAGAUAUGUGCUUAAGCUUUGAAUAAACACCUGAGAUUUUUUUUAUAGCUCUCAUUACAAUUCUAAUGCAAUUAUGUGUUUUUUUUUGUUGUUUUUUUUAGUACGAACAACAUCAACAGCUGCAAGUAACUUGGUUGAAGUGUUUGUGGAUAACAAACCAGUGCUGGUGGAACCAGGCACCACAGUGCUACAGGUAAUGAAAAUGUUUUAAAGGAUCACUAUAGUGUCAGAAAAACAAACUUGUUAUCCUGACACUAUAUAACUCUUAGGUCCCCCUCCCGCUGGGCUGAAGGGGUUAAAUACCCUUCAGCCACUUACCUUUAUCCAGCGCCGGGCUCCCUCGGCGCUGGUGACCUCUCCUCCCCUGCCGACGUCAGCUCCCGAGUGGAGCGGAAUGCGCAUGCACAGCAAGAGCCGCGUGCGCAUUCAAACAGUCCAUAGGAAAGCAUUUUUCAAUUCUUUCCUAUGGACGUUUUUCCAGCUAAAUGCGAUUUUCGCAUACAGCGUUGCAGAAGCGCCUCUAACGGCUGUCAGGAAGAAAGCCACUAGAGGCUGGAUUAACUCUGCAAUGUAAACAUAGCAGUUUCUCUGAAACUGCUAUGUUUACAUCUGAAUGGUUAAAACUUGGGGGACCUUGCACCCAGACAACAUCAUUGAGCUGAAGUGGUCUGGGUGACUAUAGUGUCCCUUUUAAAAAAAAGAUGACCAAGGUUUGUCAUAUGCUUGGCAAAGUAUUUUAAUGAAAAUAAACUGUAGAGAAUUUUGAAAUAAUUUUAGCAAAACCUAAAACUACGAGGAAGUGACAGCUAUUUUUCUAAACAGACACAGGUUACAUCAGGGCUAGUCAAUUUAUUACACUCCAUUAAUUGUAGAAUUAAAGCUUCUAUUAUUCCAUAUUUGAGUUUGACCAAAUGUUGAGUUACAGCCACCACUGGGAAGUUCUGGGUACAUUUUUAUGCAGAACAACUACAAUGUUGUAAUUUGUAGCAUAUAGUUUUUUAUAAUACAAAUGUGUGAUAUCAGGCAAUUGGCUGUUAUGGACUGUUUCUAGGGUUGCUCAGCCAACCAAUGGCCGUUAUGAGAAACGUAGUCCUCAACUGUUGGGUUUACCUCCUUUGCCUUUUGAUAAAUUGUAUUCGAUCAUGGUAUCCAUUGAUAUGAUCCCUAAGGCGCAAUGUGUAGGGGUGAAUUGCAGGGGCCAUUGUAUAUUGCUGGAUAUUUUUCUUUCUCUUUAUCUGUUUCUAAUGCUGUUCUAUAUACUGUGGUUUUGUUUUUUUGUUUUUUGUUUUUUUUCUAUUGACUUACCCUAGAGGAAGCACUGGUUGCAACCCCAAUCCACUGUUUGAUUAUCGGAGUACAGCUGGCUAUUCCAACAUUGUAUAGAUCAAUGUUCACUAUAUCAUGUUUCUUUUUUAUUGCCAUGUGUGCAGUUAAAGUUAUUUAUGUAUGUUCUUUGUGAAUAAUGGUACUCCUACUAUUUUUCUAGGCCUGUGAGAAAGUAGGUGUGCAGAUUCCUCGCUUCUGCUACCAUGACCGCUUGUCAGUUGCCGGAAACUGCCGCAUGUGUCUUGUGGAAAUUGAGAAAGCUCCAAAGGUCGGUAUUCUGUCUCUUUGUGGAGUUGUUUUAUGAAUGAACUAUUGAACUUAAAAAGAAAAUAAAAACAAAAUAACUAAAUGACCUUUUUAAGAUACCAAUAAUUUUGAGUCUGCUUUGUUUUAUUCUCACAUAAAUAUUCCUUUGUCAUAAAACCAUUACGUUACAUUUAUUGCUCUCCUUAUCUCCAGUCUCCGUGUUCUCUGUAGGCUCAUGUGUUGCUGACCUAUCAAUGUCUAAGAUGCUUAUUGGAUAUCUUAUUGAUUUGAAAUGCCCAUGAUUGACUUGACAUAUUGCUGUAUUAUGCAGAUGAUCUUAUGGUUGUCCUGUUUAUGGAUAUUUAUCAAUAAACUUUAAAUGACAAAAGAGACCCUGUUUCUUCUCAGUGCUGCACCAUUCCACCUUUGCUUUCAUCUAAACACAGAAGAAGCAAGGUGCGUGCUGAAAGGAUCACUAGUUUUGGAUUAUAUCAAAUAAUCUGUUCUUGUCAAUCUGACAAGCAUGCUACAUUCCCAUGCUGAGCAAUAACAAAAUUCUGUAGCACGGUUGUUCAACUGUCAAAAGUAAAGACAAAUAAGUCAAUGGGACCUGAUGGAAUACACCCAAAGUUAUUAAAAGAGCUUAGUGGUGUACUAGCAAAACCAUUAACAGAUUUAUUUAACCGAUCAUUGUUAACAGGAGUAGUCGCAGAAGACUGGAAGUUGGCGAAUGUUGUGCCAAUUUACAAGAAAGGUAGUAGGGAGGAGUUGGGCAACUAUAGGUCAGUAAGCCUUACUUCAUUAGUGGGGAAAGUAAUGGAAACCAUGUUAAAGAAUAGGAUUGUUGAACAUCUAAAAACACAUGAAUUUCAAGAUCAGAGACAACAUGGGUUUAUCAGGGAGAUCAUGCCAAACUAAUCCUAUUUAAUUUUUUUGAUUGGGUAACUAAAAUAAUAGAUCUGGGUGGUGCAGUAGACAUUGCUUACCUAGAUUUCAGUAAGGCUUUUGACACUGUUGCACGUAGAAGGCUUAUUAAUAAAUUGCAAUCUUUAAGUUUGGAUUCCAAUAUUGUUGAACAUAGGAUUGUAGUCAAUGGAAUAUAUUCGAAGCAUGGGCUUGUCACCAGUGGGGUACCUCAGGGAUCUGUACUUGGACCCAUUCUCUUUAAUAUUUUUAUUAGUGAUAUUGCAGUAGGUCUUGAUGGUAAGGUAUGUCUUUUUGCUGAUGAUACUAAGAUAUGUAACAGGGUUGAUGUUUCCAGGAGGGAUAAGCCAAAUGGCAAAUGCUUUAGGUAAACUAGAAAAAUGGUCAGAGUUGUGGCAACUGACAUUUAAUGUGGAUAAGUGCAAGAUAAUGCAUCUUGGACGUAAAAACCCAAGGACAGAGUUCAGAAUAUUUGAUAGAGUCCUAACCCCAUCAUCUGAGGAAAGGGAUUAAGGGGUGAUUAUUUCUGAUGACUUAAAGGACCUCUAUAGUGCCCACACCCUCAGGGUCCCACUCCUGCCGGGCUCUGUGGAGAGGAAAGGGGUUAAACUUACCUUUUUUCCAGCGCCGGGCGGGGAGCUCUCCUCCUCCUCUCCGCCUCCGAUCCUCCUCUUCGGCUGAAUGCGCAUGCGCGCAUUCAGCCGGUCUCAUAGGAAAGCAUUCAUAAUGCUUUCCUAUGGACGGCAUCUUCUCACUGUGAUUUUCACAGUGAGAAGCACACAAACGCCUCUAGCGGCUGUCAAUGAGACAGCCACUAGAGGCUUUAGAGGCUGGAUUAACCCAUUUAUAAACAUAGCAGUUUCUCUGAAACAGUUUAUAAAAAAAAAAAAAAAAAUGGAUUAAUCCUAGAGGGACCUGGCACCCAGACCACUUCAUUAACCUGAAGUGGUCUGGGUGCCUAUAGUGGUCCUUUAAAGGUAGGCAGACAAUGUAAUAGAGCAGCAGGAAAUGCUAGCAUAAUGCUUGGUUGUAUAGGGAGAGGUAUUAGCAGUAGAAAGAGGGAAGUGCUCACGCCGUUGUACAGAACGCUGGUGAGACCUCACUUGGAGCAUUGUACGCAGUACUGCAGACUGUAUCUCCAGAAGGAUAUUGAUACCUUAGAGAGGGUUCAGAGAAGGGCUAAUAAACCGGUUCAUGGAUUGCAGGAUAAAGCUUACAAGGAAAGGUUAAAAGAAACUUAACAUGUAUAGCUUGGAGGAAAGACGAGACAGGGGGGAUAUGAUAGAAACAUUUAAAUGCAUAAAGGGAAUCAACACAGUAAAGGAGGAGACUAUAUUUAAAUGAAGAAAACCGACCACAACAAGAGGACGUAGUCUUGAAUUAGAGGGGCAAAGGUUUAAAAAUAUCAGGAAGUAUUACUUUACUGAGAGGGUAGUGGAUGCAUGGAAUAGCCUUCCAGCUGAAGUGGUAGAGGUUAACACAGUAAAGGAGUUUAAGCAUGCGUGGGAUAUACAUAAGGCUAUCCUAACUAUAAGAUAAGGCCAGGGACUAAUGAAAGUAUUUAAAAAAUUGGGCUGACUAGAUGGGCCGAAUGGUUCUUAUCUGCCAUCACAUUCUAUGUUUAGUCAUUAUUUGAACCAAGCUUAACAUGACACUUUUAUUUACCAGGUGGAAGCUUGGGUUGAUUACUCUGUUGCUCCAUUAAUUAAUAUGUUGCUGACAUGCUUUUCUUUCCCCCUGGUGCUAAGGAAAUGUUUCUGUAAAAAAAAUUUUAUUUUAUUUUUGUCCUGUAGUGUAGAAAAUUUAAAAUGAGUAAAUCUGAUUUAAAAAAAAAGUUUUCAUUUAGUAUGGAACUAGUUCCAUUCUUCUUGAAAUUGUUUCCACUAGAUUUAUGGAAUGUUGCCAAGUGGAUUUUUGUCUCUUCCAUCACAAUAACAUUAAAGGGACACUCCAGGCACCCAGACCACUUCUGCCCAUUGGAGUGGUCUGGGUGCCAACUCCCACUACCCUUAACCCUGCAACUGUAAAUAUUGCAGUUUUCAAUAUUGCAGGGUUAACUCCUCCUCUAGUGGCUGUCUACUACAGGGCACUUCCGGGUUUCUAGCACAGAUUUGUGCUAUAGCGUUGCUGGACGCUAUGUGAGGACCUCCAGCGUCUCUAAAAUCUCCAUAGGGAAGCAUUGAAAGCAUUUUUCAAUGCUUUCCUAUGGGGAGGACUAAUGCGCGUGCGCGGCAGGUCUCACCCCGACGGUGGCUGCACAUGUGCAAUCGGUCUCCCCCGACGGAUGGCGUUGCGGGGGAGGAGCUUGGAUGGACCCUGGACCAGCGCCGAGGGACAUCGGCGCUGGACUCCGGUAAGUCACUGAGGGGGUUUAAACCCCUUCAGUAACCUGGGAUGGGGGGUGGGAGGGAGAGGGGACCUGCAGUGCCAGGAAAACUGUUUGUUUUCCUUGCACUGGAGUGUCCCUUUUAAAGGGAAGGUCUAGCCUAAAACUGCAUUUUUAUUUAUUUUUUUCACUUGGACAAGGCUGGGUCAUUGCCCACUUUUGAGAAACUGAAAUGUUUAAAUUGCAGGGUUAACUCCUCCUCUACUGGCCAUCACACUGCCGCUAGAGGAGCUUUCACAGCAACUGUGUCAUGUUGCAAAAGCCCCAUAGAAAAGCAUUGAUUCAGUGUUUUCCUAUGGGAAAGUUUCAAUAUGUGCGCAUUAGGCCCUUAAUGUUCCUGGAUUGUUACCCUAGCUUUAGCGGUGGAAUAAGGUAAGUAAACUUCUUUUUUUUUUUUUAAUUUUAAAAUGUAUUUUUACCCAGAGGUCGGGGAGACUUAGUUAGAGCUAGAAUAGGGACACUAUAGCAUUCAAAAUGCAACACCUGUCUAAGAAGGGAUGCACAUCCCUUUGACCACUAACUGUUAAAGGAGUAUCUACAGUGUUUUUCAGCUGCCUAUGUUUAUACUAACAUAAUAUUUAUAUUAAGCAUUAAUUGCCAACUAACACACCUAUUUGCAUCUUUUUUGAUAGUCAUAACUUUAUUAUUCUUUAGUUAUAGAAUUUUUUUGAUAAAUUUUAGUCUAUUAAAUUAAGACCGCUUUAUAGUUGACACUAUGCACGUAGGUAUGGACCGUUUCUGUCAUCCGCCAAACACAGGGUUGUCCAUUACAUAACUGUAUACUGAGAUGUAAUUCAUUACUCUAUGAAGUGUUUUUGAUUAAUUUACUUACCGUAUAUACUCGAGUAUAAGCCGACCCGAAUAUAAGCAGAGGCCCCUAAUUUUACCACAAAAAACUGGGAAAACUUAUUGACUCGAGUAUAAGCCUAGGGUGGGAAAUGCAGCAGCUACUGGUAAAUUUCUAAAUUAAAUUAGAUCCCAAUAAAAUUACAUUAAUUGAAUAUUUAUUUACAGUGUGUGUAUAGAAUGAAUGCAGUGUGUGUGUGUGUGUGUUUGUGCAGUGUGUGCAAACUGGAUGAGGGGAGGGCAUUUUUAUUUGAAUUUUUUAAUUUUAAUAUUAUAUUAAAAUAAUAUUUUUUAAUAUUUGCAUUUUUUUUUUUUUGUCCCCCCCCUCCCUGCUUGUUGCCUGGUCAGGGAGGGGGGACAAAAAACAUUUAAAAAAAAAUAAUGCAAAUAUUAAAAUAAUAUUAGUAUUUUAAUAAAAUUAUUUUAUUAUUAUAUUAUUAUUUGCAUUAUUUUAAUAUUUGCAUUAUUUUUUUUAAAAUGUUUUUUUUGUCCCCCCUCCCUCCCUGACCAGGCAACAAGCAGGGAGGGGGGGACAAAAAAAAGAUAUAAAAAAAAUUACAAUUAUAAUAUUAUUUUAAUAAUAUUAUUUUAUUAUUAUUAAAAUAAAAUAAUAAUAUUAAAUCUCUGGUGGUCCAGUGGCAUUGGCAGUUCAGUGGGGGGGCUGACAGCGAGCUGUUACUUACCUUCCUGCAGCUCCCUCCUCCUCUGUGCAGCUCCUCGGUCAGCUCCGUUCAUUUUACAGUGUAAGUCUCGUGAGCAGAACGGAGCUGACUGGGGAGCUGACAGGAGCUGCAGGAAGGUAAGUGUCAGCCCCCAACAGGACCUGGUCUGUAUUAUGGCAAUGUAAAUUGCCAUAAUACAGAUAUUAACUCGAGUAUAAGCCGAGUUGGGUUUUUUCAUCACAAAAAAUGUGCCGAAAAACUCGGCUUAUACUCUGGUAUAUACGGUAUAUUGCAGGGCAGUUGUGUGAAAUCUACUCGAGGUGAACACACUAUAUCAUAUUUUCAACAAAUGGGUUCUAUGUCAGAUAACUAGAAUUUAUUUUUGUUUUUCAUCCUCAAAUUGGAUAAUCGUGCAUUGCAAGACAUGCUACCUAGAUUUUAUGUAUAUACAAUUCAGAGUUUCGGAAGUAAUAAAAUAGAUCUGCAAUUUUAAUUUUUUUGUUAAUACCUCUUAAAGGGAGGAGAAAUAUGCUGUAUAUGUUAUCAUUUUGUAAUGACAUUUUCACUUAUGGGUUGUUUUUAUAUAUUCUCAGCCUGUAGCUGCUUGUGCAAUGCCUGUAAUGAAGGGCUGGAAUAUCCUGACAAACUCUGAAAAGACCAAGAAAGCAAGGUAAGUGGGUUUUUCAAAAAUAAGACCCUAUGUUGGUGACUAAUGUGCGGGUGUUUACAUCUUUUUUGUGGUUUACAUUUUAGUGGCAUACUUCUUGUUUCUAAAUUAUGCUUAUACAGCACCAUGCAUAUGAUAAAUGUACUGCUGCCUGAAAAUGACUUGCUCAUCUGCACGUUUGUCCAUUCAAAGGGCUGGAUUCUAUUAUAUAUUUGUACUGACUAACGAGCAUUCUAUUUAGAUUUGUGAGGAAAACUGCAGAGAUAUAUAUAUACACACACACACACGUGUCUUAACUCAGUCUUAGUAGUGAAUUCCAAGCUAUAACUGGUAAAGUAGGUUCUUCAUGCUGGACUUAACUAUACUUUAUAAUAAACUUAAAAACAAUAAAAGGGACACUCACCCGUGGAUGUUGCUGCUAAUUUCCAGACUUUACAGCUUCUGCAGUGUGAUCAUACCAAACCAGGAAAUUACUUGGGUCACUUGAUUUUCUAUAACACUGCUAAAUGAGUACUUGAUGGGCACCGGAAGAGUGUUUCUUAGCUGUAAUUCAUAUGUCAGCUUUCCCCUGUAGAUUUAAUGUGCAGCAGUAUACUUGAAACAGAAGUGGAAAAACAACAGUUUGGAAAGGAGGCACAGAAAAGGUGGUUUAUGGAGCAAAGCCAUUAUAAAUAUAAAAGAGGAGGAGGGGAAAAAAAAAAAAUUCAAAUCCUAAAGCUCAUUUAAAAAAGCAACAAAAAACAAAACAAAAAACACCUUCAGGAUUAUUCACUAAAACAAAUAUUCAAAUUAAAUUUCACAUUUAAGGUCAAAGUAACCAAACUAGAAGCAUCUCUACUGAAUUCUUAUUUUAGUGAAUAACCCUGCUAGUAUAAAUAUAAGCUAGCCUGCACAUUGCACCAGACCAGUUGGUUGCCCCUUCAACUUUUAUCCUGUAGUCUUGGUGUAUCAUAUAACUUAUUUAAUUUGUGGGGGUUCUUGAACAAUAACAACCUAAUCUUAACUGGGAAGCUUUUUGCGUAAAAGAUUUCACCAUAUGAACUUGAGCAUACAUAUUUUGAUGGUCCAAUGAGAUGUCUGUUUUACACCGGAACAUCUGUAUAAUUAUAUAACUUUAACAACAUGUUAUGUUUCAAUUUGUUGUGUUUACUAGGGAAGGCGUAAUGGAGUUUUUGUUGGCAAACCAUCCAUUGGAUUGUCCUAUUUGUGACCAAGGGGGGGAGUGUGACUUGCAGGUAAACAAAAAAGCUUAAUUUAAUCCUGUAUUAAUAAAUAUGUACAGUAAAUUCCAUUUACAGAUUACUGGGAUACUGAUGGCUAAUAUUCUGUGGAAGACUUCUAAAGCAGUAGUGUGUUAGCUGUAUUUUAUUACACUGGUAUUUCAUCCUGUUUUCUUAAUCUAUUGGUAAUAAUUACCAGGAAACAUUUUUAAAAUGACAUUAUAUUAUAACUCUGCAAACCCACUGCAAAAUAUUCCAUACAAGAAAUUGGAAUAAAAUGUCUAUAUGAAUUUGCAUGAAAACCAUAACUUGUCAAAAUGUAAGGAUCUCCUUAAGAGACACCUCUUAUUCAACAGGCGCUACUAGUGUGCCACUAAUCUCUCCAUCCAUCUGCUAGUUGGAAUAAAAUAUAGAAUAGUGUUGACUAUUUUGGAAAUGUCAAUACCAGCCCUUAUUUGCCUCUCUAAUAUGCCACCUAGUUUAGUUAUAUAAGAAUUUUCUGCUUUUAGUGUUGUACUCAAUGGAGAAUCUUUCUUAGACAGUUAAAGGAUCACUAUAGGGUCAGGAACACAAACAUGUAUUCCUGACCCUAUAGUGUUAAAACCACCAUAUAUCCCCCCUGGGCUCCUCAUGCCUCCAUAAAUAUAGCAAAAUCUUACUGUAUUCAAGCUGUAGAUUUCCAUGCUGUUUGCCUGAAAAAAAACCCAAGCAGACUGCUGACAUCAUCAGAAGUGGCAGCCUGAUCCAAUUACAAUGCUUCCCCAUAGACUAACAAAGAGGCAGAUCAGGGGCAGAGCCAGCAUGAUUCAAACACAGGCCUGGCCAAUCAGCAUCUCCUCAUAGAGAUAAAUUGAAUCAAUGUAUCUCUAUGAGGAAAGUUCAGUGUCUGCAUACAGAGGGAGGAGACACUGAAUGUUUGGAUGCAUUUUAGGCAGCCAUGACCCAGGAAGGAUCUCUAACAGCCAUCUGAGGAGCGACCAGUGAAGUUAUCACUAGGCUGUAAUGUAAACACUGCAUUUUCUCUGAAAAGACAGUGUUUACAGCAAAAAGCCUGCAGGUAAUGAUUCUACUCACCAGAACAAAUUCAAUAAGCUGUAGUUGUUCUGGUGACUAUAGUGUCCCUUUAAAACAAGAACAUAUUCAAAAGUUAUAAGCCACCCAUUGAAGUACUGUAAUUUAUUAUUUUUAGUUUUGUUUUAUUUCUUACGUAAUGCACAUUAUUCCAGCAUGAUAGUUUGUUAGUGUAUCUGCUGUAUCUCUAAUAACUUUUAGAACUAAUGGUUUCCAACAUUGCCAUCUCCAACUUUCCAAGGUUGAUACUUCAGGACAUCCGUGAAAAGAAGUUUAAACGGAAUGUAUUCUUUCUGGCUAAAGGAACACUCCAGAAUUUGUUUAUAAUCCUGGAGUGUUUUCUGACCCUUUUAGAAAACUGUUGGUCCUUCCCUCAUAUUGCUACUCGCAAUGUGAGUCUAGUGAUGGGCUGAGAACAUCAGCUGACACUUUUGGCUAAUAAGUGGCACCCAUUGCUUUACUUCUCUGUUAAGUAUAGGGGCCGGGCAAACAAGGGAUCAAUCAGUGCACCUUGGUAGUAACUUAGAUUUUAAACUAUCUGAAAAUGAUUUGUUAUCCUUUAAAGUAAGAGUACAGCUGGGACCCUUACCCCCACAUUUAAAGAGUACAUCCACUUGAAAUUGGCAUUUUUAUGGCCUGUGAAAAACGUGAUACUUUGUUAGACCUUAAAGUGCUUUAAAGGUUUGCAAUGUUCAUUUAAAUUGUUUCCUAUUACAUUUUUUGUAUCCAGUUGUUGACCUUUUUAUUUGGUUUCCAUCUGUAGGAUCAGUCUAUGAUGUUUGGCAGUGAUCGGAGUCGUUUCCUAGAUGGGAAACGUGCUGUGGAGGACAAGAACAUUGGUCCUCUUGUCAAAACCAUUAUGACUCGCUGUAUACAGUGCACUCGAUGUAUAAGGUAAAUUAGCUUGUUGUGAAUACUUAUUCAAACUGUGCACUCUUGAAAUAAAUGGCCUUUUAGUCACUUAAAUUGCAAGGUAAUUGGUUUUCCUUUGAUAGCUGCUUUGGUUACACAAAAUGUAUAUGAUUUGGAUUUUAACAUUAUGCAAGUGGUAAUGUAAACAUAUACCUUAAGGAUUUUCUUUUACUUAAGGCACCACUAAAGUCACCCAGGCCUCUUGAUCUCAAUUAAGUGGCCUGAGUGCAGUGGUCAUUUAGUUUUUAACCCUGCAAUGUAAAAUACGUUUGUAUUCCUAGCACUUUAGUGUUCCUUUAACUGUUAUGUGCCUAAUUUUUACUAUCUGUAUGUGUUUAGUAUUAAUUUGUAAACUUUCAGGUUUGCCAGUGAGAUUGCUGGAGUAGAUGAUCUGGGAACUACAGGAAGAGGAAAUGAGAUGCAAGUUGGAACCUAUGUCGAGAAAAUGUUCAUGUCUGAGCUCUCUGGGAAUAUCAUCGACCUCUGCCCUGUUGGAGCAUUAACCUCCAAACCAUAUGCAUUCACAGCUCGUCCUUGGGAAACCAGGUAUUCAUGUUUUAAUGUGUGCAUAAUGCAUUCUAAAUUCCAGAUUUGUUCCCUUCAGAAUAAAACAUUUUAAAGGGUAUCCUGCAUAAAAUUACACUCCUUUUUGUUCAUCCUUUCCUUUGUGUAAUUCCUCACUCUCCAUAUCUUUAUUUCCAAUUUCUUUUCCAUCCUGCUUAUCAGUCCUUUCCUCCAUAUCUGCUUCCUGUUCCUUCUGUAACUCUCAUCUGUAAGCUACAUGUUCCACUUCCUUUCUUCGUACGUUCCCCAUUCACUUUAGCUCUCUUUCCCUCUUCCUCAGUCCCGCCAUUUGUCUCCUGCUCACUAGAUGGUCCUUUAAAGGGUUAAUCCAACCAGAAAUGGUGUUUAAUAAAACCGUUUUGGUUGUAGCAAGUCUUUCUGUAAUGUCACUCUCCUUACUUUGGGGAGAGAGGGGGAGUGCUCAUGGUGCUUGGUAUAACCCCUUAGACUCCUUUCUUUUCUGUCUCAGAUUUUAAUUUCUGUACUUACUCUAUACUUGAAUGUGUAUACUCCCUUUACAUUCUAUAUAUAUCCUGUUUUGAAUCUUUCAUAUCGACCCUCUUCUUUCUUACCAUAUGAGUUCCUAUUCUACAUCCGUUUUUCUGCCUAUCUCCCCCAUAGUGGUAAAGCUUCUCCACAUCCCACUAUUGCAUAUGAAAGUACUUUCUUUACUUCCGUUAGUGCUUCUUGUGAGUUUGUAUAAGCAGCUGUGACAAGUUACAUGCAAUAUAUGUCUGAGGACACCAUGUUUAAUUGAGACUCCGAGUUUGAUACCUACCUUACAGGCCAGAGUGCCAUCUCAGAAAUCUGAGUCAUGCAAGUUGGCCCAUGCUAUAGGUUAAUCAUCAAUGAUUUAUAUUGGAGUUAGAUGAUCAACAGAAGCUGUUUUAGUAAUACUAAAAUUAUAGUCUAAACCAGGGGUUCCAGAACUGUGUGGCACACAGGGGAGUCGCGAAAUAUUUUCCCGGUGCUAUGAUCAUAGCAUGGGGAACUGUGCCUCCCUCUCCCCUGCCGGCUCUGCAGGACAUCUCCCCUCCAGCCUGCUAGCACUGUAAUGCUGACAGCCGGAAGAGGAGGGAGCGAGAGAGGACCUGAGGGACCUGCAGCUCCGCCGGGUUCUCUUCUCGCAAGCUUGGAGUGUUGCACUCCCCCGCUCACACGCCCUGUUCUCAUCACACACACACACACACACACACCCACACUUCCCCCUCCACACACACACUACCCCCCAUACACAAACAAACUGUACCCCCCAGACACAUUGUACCCGUCACACAACCUGCCCCGCCACACACACUGUACCCCUCAUACAACUUGCCCCCACACACACACUGUACCCCUCAUGCACAAGCUGCCCCACAUACACUGCUCCCCCUCACACACGCACAUAUUGCACCCCUCACACACACUACUACACCUAUCCCCCUCUACAGCCCGUAUCCAGGCAGAUCCCAGGUAAGUUGUCAAACUGUUCUUAAACAGUUUUACUACUUACUCUGGUAGGGCACUACUGGCACCAUAACCGCUACAAAGUGCUGUAGUGGUUAUUGUGCCUAGAUUGUUGCUCUAAAUAGUCUACCAGUGCCCCUCCCAAGAUUAGGUUCUGGACCUGUGCUUGAACGGCAAGCAUUUCUGCCAAACAAGGGCCCAGUAUAUGCCGCUGCACUGUACAUAUAUACAACCUAAAUAAAUUUUUGACUUGGGUCACCUUGAAAAAAUAUUAAGGGCGCCUUGAACCUAAAAAGUUUGGUAACCACUGGGCUAAAUCUAAAAAUCAUUAACAAUCUGUAAUUAUGUGUGUUCUAUUUUCCUUGAACAGAAAGACCGAAUCCAUCGAUGUUCUAGAUGCUCUUGGUAGUAACAUUGUGGUAAGCACAAGAGGUGGAGAAGUAAUGAGAAUCCUGCCUAAAAUAAACGAGGACAUCAAUGAAGAAUGGAUAUCUGAUAAAACCAGGUAAAAUGUACUGGCAAGACCACACUCUUCUUAUUUCUUUGUUAUACAUUACAUUUUCUACCAACAGCUAAAUCUACUGUUUAUAUAAACGCUUCUCCCAUAUAGUGAUCACUUUUUUUAAUUGAACUACAUUAUGUUAGACAGGGCAAUUAGUAAUUUUUAUUAAUUCAUUAAUCUAGUGAAUUGACUGUUUGAUGUUGAAUUGUUUUCUUGGUUAAAUACAGAAGUCAUGCUUUUAAAGAAAAUUAUUUCAUGUGAAUAAACGCAUAAUAUACUGUGGGAUAUGUACUUUUUAUCAUGAAUUGACAUGUUUGACAUUUUGUAAGAGUUCCAGGGUCAUGUGAAACACGAGUUAAACAAGUUUUUAGUUGUGACCAUUUUUUGCUGCUAAGAAAAUUACAGAAAAGUACAGUUUUGUGGUGGAAUGCAAAAUGAAGAGGGAGCACAUAUAUAGUUUAUUUACUUGCUAACAAAUUGACUUUUUUUUCCCAAAAGGACUUUAAGCACCAUAACAACAUAUGUUUUUUUGGUAGGAUAUCCUUUCUCUGCAUACUUUAUAUUAUAGCCGUAGUGAUGUUCAAAAUAUAUCUGUACAGCUGUAAGACUGCUCAUUUUGACCCUGACCUCAAAAGAAGAUGUUUUACUUCCCCUCUAUAUCAAACGCUGUGGCAUCCAAUUUGGGUGAAUGAGUUCACUUAGUGGGUGCAUAUAGUGUGUGUGUUUUAUUUUUUUAUGUAUUUAAACAUUUUGAGUUAUUCACAGCCUUAAUAUAGGUAUAUCAAUAGCCUUUAAUAUUUAAUUUAAUCUAUUCACAAGUAAUAUUGUAAAUUUGCCCUGCGUACUCUAAUUCCACCAUAUCUCUACUGAACAGAUUUGCUUAUGAUGGUUUGAAGCGGCAGAGGCUGACACAACCAAUGGUCAGAGAUGACACAGGUCAUUUGGUUAACGCAACGUGGGAAGAUGUUCUAGCCCGAGUGGCUGGAGUGGUAAGACAUGCUCUAUACAUAAAAAAUUCUAGUAUUCUCAUGAGUUAGAUUUCAUCUUAUCCCAGCUUGACAAUUUUAUGUGAAUUUGUGGGCCAAACUCAUUUUGGCAGUAUAUGGGCAUACACGAAAACUUAGGUUUUGUAAAUCUUCAACCAAAAACAUGAUAGAUUUUGUCACACCUUUCAGCUGCAAAAUGUUCAGGGCUCAUCUGUUGCUGCUAUUGCUGGAGGACUAGCUGAUGCAGAGGCACUUAUUGCGCUUAAAGACUUGUUGAACAGGCUGAAUUCAGAUGUCUUGUGCACAGAGGAAGUGUUCCCCAACUCUGGAGCUGGGUAUGGUUCUACUGUAUUGAAUAUCCAUGUAAUACAUACUCUUAAAGACUUUACUAGAAUUAAUGUUUGUUUACUAUAACUUUUUAAUAAACAUAAUGUUUGUUUACUAACUUUAAAAAAAUAAUUUUCCCCUACCAUAUUGCAGCACUGAUUUGCGUUCAAAUUAUCUCCUGAAUUCAAAAAUUAAUGGUGUUGAAGAAGCUGAUUUUCUGCUGCUAGUUGGGACAAACCCACGUUAUGAAGCCCCGUUGUUUAAUGCAAGGAUUCGUAAGAGGUUUGUAUUUUAUAAAUAUACUUUGGGUUACACUGCCUCAGAACUCUGAAACAAGAAACAUCUAAGUUGAAUUGUUUAGUGGUUGUGUUUUUGGUUUAUUUUUCUCAUGCUGGUGUCUGGCACAGCCCUGUCGCUGUAUCUGUUUUAUGUCUCUUCAACAUAAUACUACAAUACAAUAAAAUGUUAAAAUAUUCAAAGGUUGCAGCUGGCUCCAGUGAAACUGAUGCUAAAUAUUGAUUGACUGAAAAAAGCAAGUGCAUUGCAGUUUUAAAUCAAAUAUUUUAAUAUUAUUAAAUAUUACAAGACAUAAAUCAAAAGGAAUUUGUUCACCACCACCAAUAACCUACAAAAUAGCUGCCUCCCCCCCAAAAAACCCCUCUGAUGUUUUGUUUUAGCUGGCUUCACAAUGACCUGCAGGUGGCAGUGAUUGGAAGUGCAGUGGACUUGACUUACACAUAUGAUCAUUUGGGAGAGUCCCCUCAGAUACUCAAGGAGAUUGCAUCAGGAAAGCACCCAUUCAGCAAGGUGUGUAACAAUGAUUAUUUCAAUUUCAUUCUAAUGUGUUUUACAUUUUCUGUAAUAAAUGUAUUAUUACAGUAGGCAGUCACUUUUGAAUUGGUGUUUGACACCUUGAUGGACAGGUCUAGAAUUCUACAUGCAUUAUUAAACCUUAAUAAUGGCUUUGCAUUUACACACUAGUGUUUAUAGACAACAGUCUCACAAACCUGCUGGCCACAAAUAGGUCAAGAUGCACGUUUAAAGGAAACUCUAAGAAUCAAACUAACUAGGCCAGUUGCCAUUACAAUUCCUUGUGUAUUGGUUUUCCUUUUAUUUCCCCAUUUGGGGAUUCUUUAACAUCCGGCAGACACUUCUCACAUAGUGUCCAAUCUAAAGUCAGCUGUUGGUUUCUGUAUGCCUCAAUAGUGGGAAACAUUUUGAUCUUGUUUUUAUCAAAUACGUAAAUAAGUUUAUUUUUUGCAUAAAGGGGAAGCAUUUGAGCAGUAAAAAAAUACUCCUAGAUCAGUCGCCUACAGGCCACCUCACAUUGACUUCAGGGCUAAAAACAAACAAACAAAAAAUCAAGUUUCUGCACUGACAUUGGGUUUCUCAUCUGGCAAUGUGUCCGUUACAGUGAAGUAAAUUGAAUUGAUAAGCAGCUGAUGUAGGUAAUAAGCAAAAGCAUUCAGUGCCCUGGACAUUUCUCUCUGGUUAGAACAGUACAGGAACCCACUGACUUCUAGUCUUUGAUGUAUAGUAAGCAUAGUACUUAGCUGUGAUACUAACACAUCUUGACUGGGAAAUAUGCUGGCACGUCCUUUUGGUGCGUAUGGCUCAUGUGAUUGGAGGCUUGAUUCCAUUGAUAUGGUGGUAUUUGCUUCUCAGGUUCUUGCACAAGCCAAGAAGCCCAUGGUAGUUGUUGGUAGCAGUGCCUUGCAGCGCAAAGAUGGUGCAGCCAUUCACACAGCAGUUUCUACCAUUGCACAAAAUGUAAGGACUAGCAGUGGCGUUGGCGAGGAAUGGAAAGUGCUGAAUGUUCUGCACAGGUUGGUUAUCUUUACUAUUGUACAAAAAAAAAUAAAACAUUUCCAACACCUGCUUAUCCCACGAAUAGUAUAGUGUAUUUUUUUAUUGUGUUAUAUUACAAAGAUUUGUCAAACAUACAUUAUAGAAACCUUAUUAAAUCCCUUAAAAUAAAGGUUGGCACUUUUAUUUUUGUUUCUCUUUUGCAAUUCAAAGGUGCAGAAACAAAGUGGGGUGCACUGUAUUGUUACCCACUAAAGAAUGACAUCAAAUAACAUUUAAAAAAUGUCUUGUUAACGAAUCAUGUUCUUUUCAUUCUUAUUGGUCGCAUUAUCAAAUUUUGAGAAAAUGAUAAUGGUACAAAUGUAUGCACACUGGUAGAAGAAUACUGAAGUUGUUGCAAAUUUUCACUCAGAGGAUUCAUACUCUAGUUCAAUGUUCCCCAACCCAGUCCUCAUGGACCACCAACAGUCCAGGAUUUGUGUGUGUCCCUGUUUUAUUCCAAUGGAGAUACUGACAAAAACCUGGACUGUUGGUGGUCCAUGAGGACUGGGUUGGGGAACACUGUGUCUAGUUUAUGUCUCUGAUCCACAUGAGUGCAAAUUCAUUAUAAUUUUAUGUAUGAGAUUGCACUUCAAUGAAUAGUCAUAUGACUAGUUUUCCAGAGACCUGGAAGGAAGUCAAGAUAAUCGCUUUGGAAUCAUUAUUUAUUUUUUAUUAUCAUCACACAACCAUUUGUCAGAUUACGUUUAAUUAAAGCAGUAUCUGUGACUCAUUCUACAUAUGUCAGCAACCAUUCAUUGCAUUGUAAAGUUUCACAGGUUAUGCAAGUUCAUAAUGGAUUAUAGCAUUUAUGCCACGGAAAUACAUUUACCUAUUGCAGUCUGUGAAGUACUGGAUAUUGAGUAUAUGUAUGCAUGUGCUGAAUUGAUCUUACACCUUUCAAAUACUCAAUUUGAUUCAGUUACAUUGUAAAGGUUAUUGUAUGGUGCAAACAUUAAAUUUAAUGUAUGUGUUUUAUUUUACUAUGUUCAGAGUUGCAAGUCAGGUCGCUGCCUUAGAUCUUGGUUACAAGCCUGGAGUGGAUGCUAUACGAAGGAACCCUCCAAAAGUAUUGUUCCUACUUGGUGCUGAUGCAGGCACUAUUACACGUCAGGAUUUGCCAAAAGACUGCUUCAUUAUCUACCAAGGUAUCUUCUUAAUUAACUACUUGUAGAGCUCAAGGUUUAUAGAUGUGUCACUGCAAUCUAUCAAAUUCUGAUAUUAUAUUGUACAAACGCAAUGAUCACAUUCCUUGAUAUCAUUUGGGCCACAAAUACAGUGUCUUGAUGGGACUUCUAAAUAUGUAGGAUCACAUCUCAGCAGAGCCAUCCUGAUGGUAAAUCAGGGUGAUGCCUUCUGAUAUCCAGCUUCAAGUGGCCCAGUUUAUCAUGACUGCACAAAACCUUACUGACCCUUAAUGGUUUUGGUUUACUGAAUAAUGGAAACCCUUUUCAAGUGGCUUACUAUCCAAUACCGGUUAUCAUUACAGAAUCUUCUGUAGUAAGCUUACAUUUGACUAGUUUCCAAGGCUGUUUCACACAUCACACAUAUUAGGAGACUUUCCGGGCCAUGUGAAGAUGCAGAAACCAUAGUGUUACAAAAACAGAAAUGUGUCCGUAUCUUAAUAUUUGCUGAACAGGUUUACCUAGACCUAUGUGAUAUUAAAACUUACAUGACUUAUCAUAAACAAUGUAUCCUACAGUCUUAUUAAGGUAAUAAACCUGUUUUGUUGGAAUGGACAACACUCUGAUGUGCUAAGACACUCCUAAGCCAAUUUACCUUCCUAUCUACCAUCACCCCUGGAUGUCCAUCUUGGAGGUUUUCCCAUGGAUCAGAAAUACCUGCUGUUCAUCUUAAUCAAGAUCUGGCAGUCACUCAAAGCCUGCCAAUCAAUCUGUGUGAGGUGCUUUGAGUAGCUGCAUUGCACACUAGGUGCCUCUCCAUUCCUUUCUAUGACAAGUGUGCUGUGUACCUAUGAAACAGAAAUACUGUGUUACGGGUCUCCCCAUUUCUGCUGGAAGUUUCUUUAGCAACUGCUCCAUGCAUGGUGUGUUCCUUUAAUAAUGUUUACAAGCAGAUGCUCUUUUGUUAUCAUAUAAUUGUAGUACAUAGAUGGAUUGGCUUAUACUUUUGUUUACCAAAAUAGCUCAAAGAGUGUGUCCUGGUAUGUGAAAGGCAAGAGGGGGAAUUUGGCCCAUUAUGUAUUCUAUAAUUACAAGCUAGCGUUUCAAAUUUCAAACUCCCUGUUGUUUGAUAUAUGGCAUUAAAGGGGGAAACCAUCACUUCUCUGAAAACAACACCUCUGAAUAAACAAUUGCCUAUUAUAUCACCUGUAAUUAUGGUUAAUUUGUAAUUCUCUGCUUACUUUUAAAUGAGUCCCCUGAUCCCUUGCACAUGUGUCAGCUAACUCGCUCAGCUAAUCAAAGUAUGAACAAGCAGUUUGACAUGGAAGCAAGGGACAACCACAAUUGCCUCCUAGUACCAUAACCACUACAAUGGGCUGCAGUAGUUAAGGUGAUUAGCCUGCUCCUUUUAAAUAAAGGGAAAAGGUAAAAUAAAUAAAAAAAAUAAAAUAAAAAUAGUGGCAACUCCCUUUUUUAAGUUAAGAUUUCUAUGAAUCCUUAUAUUCUUGGCUCUAUAUUGCGGUUUGUCAUUGUGAUUAUAUAAAUUCAGACUUGCUUUCCAGGUCAUCAUGGGGAUGUAGGCGCACCCAUGGCAGAUGUUAUUCUCCCAGGGGCUGCUUACACUGAAAAACCAGCAACCUAUGUUAACACAGAAGGCAGGGCCCAGAGAACCUUUGUGGCUGUCACUCCCCCUGGCUUGGCAAGAGAGGACUGGAAAAUUAUUCGUGCCAUUUCAGAGGUAUUGUAUAUACUUUUAAUUAUACAAUAUUUGUAAAGGUUUCUUUAUUUAUGUGCAGCUGUUUAAAACCCUGUCCUGAUAAAUGUGUGAUCUUUUUUAGUUGGCAGGUGUCACCCUCCCAUAUGACGAUCACGACGCUGUCCGAGACAGAUUGGAACAAGUUUCUCCAAACUUAGUUCGAUAUGAUGAGGUUGAAGAAGCUAAUUAUUUCAAGCAGGCAACAGAGUUGUCAAAGGUAUUUUAUUGAUAUCCGAUUGAUAUUUUGCAUCCCUGGAAUAGUCUCCAUUAUGUUGCCUUAUUUAUAUGUCUUGUUUCAGCUUGUUAACCAGCAAGUGCUUAUAGAUCCUCUGAUCGCCCCUCAGCUGACAAUUAAAGAUUUCUAUAUGACCGGUAAGUAACUUUGGAUCUACCUUAUUGUUUGUCUGUAUUAAUGGGUUUUACAAUCUAACAAGCAGUGUGGCUGUCCACACAAUCUGGGAUUGUUAUUUUCCUGUAAUGUUGCCUCCCACGUUAUGCAGAGACUGCCAGUUUAUUAGCUGCAGACAUCCAAUCUCCUCUCCAUCCUUACCACAAACAGUUGUGAAUGGCAUGGAGAGGGAAGAGAGAAUAAUUACAUUGGUAAGUUUGCAUGUCACUUUUUGAUUUUCUCCAGACCCACAAGGAGACCAAUUGUGGCCUGUAGGUACUAAUUCUAAGUUCCAUGGUGCCUUGACUUUUUUUAAUCUACCUAGGGACAGGCACACUAAAGCGUUAGAAAUACAUGUUUGUAUAACUCUUUAGUGUUCUUUUAGCUAUUCAAAAUGUAGUAGCUCUUCUACAUUCUUUAAACCACAGACCUUCUUGGCAACAAUGCCAUAUAGGUGCUUAUUCUAUAACUGUAUGACUACAAGGCAGAAUUAAUCAGGUUCCGAGAAAACAUAACUAGAUCAAAAUUUACUAUUUUAAGUCUGGGCAUAGUUUGACAAUCAAGAGGUAAAAUCAAUAAUUCUUUUAAUUAUAUAUGUAUUUAUGGAGAGGAGACUCCUUAAGCUCAUUGAAGUGGUCUUGGUGCAAUGUCCCUUUUGCACUUAGUGCUGAAAUGUUAAACAUUGCAGUUACAGAGAAACUGCAAUAUUUACAUUGCAGCUCUGUCUGCCCACAGUGGCUGUCUACCAGACAGCCACUAGAGGGCUUCCUGAAUUGAAACGGACCUUUGGUCCGGUAUCUGAUGCUGGACGUCCUCAGGCUCUGCAUAAGGACCUCCAGCGUCAAUAUUUUUUAUUUUUUUCUAUAGGAAAACAUUAUUUCAUUGCUUUCCUAUGGGGAGGUCUAAAGUGCACGCAGCAUUUGCCGCACGUGCGCUUUAGCACCCGCUCGUUGUGGUUUUAACCCUUUAUUUAUCGGGGAGGAGAGAGGCAGCUUUGUAUUCCUGGCACUAAAGUAUCCCUUUACGGUUAAAGGGACACUAUAGUCACCAGAACAACUACAGCUUAAUAUAGUUGUUCUGGUGAGUAUAAUCACUCCCUUCAGGUAUUUUCAUGUAAACACUGCCUUUUCAGAGAAAAGGCAGUGUUUACAUUGCUUCUAGGGACAACUCCAAGUGGCCACUCCUUAGAUGGCCACUGGAGGGGCUUCCUGGCUCAGGGCUGCACAGUAACUAGCCCUGCAGUUCAGAGUCCCCACGCGCUGCAUGGAGACGCUGAAUUUUCCUCAUAGAGAUGCAUUGAUUCAAUGUAUCUCUAUGAGGAGGUCCUGAUUUGCCAAAAUGGCAUCUGGCCCCACCCUUGUGCCUAUUUUAGUCAAUCCAACACUUUUCCAAAACAUAUAGGAAAACAUUGGGUUGGCUAAAAAUCGCCCUUUUUGAUGAUGUCCCAAAGGAGGUGGAGCCAGUGCCAGCGGACCCACGUGGCACUGGAAAUAAGGUGAGUUUUAAACUUUUACAGGGGGGCUAAGGGUGGGGGGGGGGGCAAGCCACCUAAAUGGUGGGUUUAGCACUAUAGGGUCAGAAUUGCAUGUUUGUGUUCCUGACCCUAUAGUGAUUCUUUAAUCAGUUGUGCCAAAUUGAAGAAUCUCUUGCUGUAUAUUUACAUCAUCAUCCGUGCAGGUUAUACAAAUUAGGUAACUAUAUUUUAAAGUGACUAUAAAUAUAAAAACAAAGUGACACUAUAUAAAGUUCUUUACCACUGUAGCUAAUUUGAGGUUAUGAUGCAAUGAGUCUAUUGGUACAGUUCCCCAGUUUUUUGUCAACUUUCAAACAAUUUGACACAACUGCAACUACAGCUCAGACCCUAUGCAUCCACUACGAUAAAUUGGAUUGUUACAUGUCUGGUUGCCCGUCCAAACUUUGAGCUGUGAGUGAUGAGGCAGUAAAUGAUGUGAAAACUAGAUGACAACACCAAAAUACUCAAUGUACCAUAACAUCUACAAUGUGUUGUAAUGCUCAUGGUGCAUCGUGUCUCAUUCAUAAUCUCAUCAUAGUUUAACACUUUGUUUAUCAAUUGAGUUUUUUUUCUCCCUAUUAAAUUUCUAAUUGCCAUCUAGAAAUCUCAUUGUGUCUGUCCCAUGCGGGGUCAUAAUACACACCAUUAAUAUGCAAAAAUUUGACUUAAUUUUUAAUUUGUUUUGUUAUUUGGUAGUGCAUGAGAAUUUUGAAUUAAAUACUCUAAAAUUAUUUUGUAGAUCCCAUCUCCCGGGCAUCACAGACAAUGGCCAAGUGUGUGAAAGCUGUAACCGAAGGAGCACAAGCUGUAGAUGAGCCAUCCAUUUGCUAG